AUGAGACUUGCAGACUUGUGCUAUGGUUCUGGGCAUUUUCUAAGAUGUGGAAAUGUCCUUGCCUUCCUGGAUUCUGUACCACAAAUUCCCAGCGUAAAUGUGAUUCUUCGAGCCUGCCACUUGCUGUGGGCACUGGGGAGACGUGCACUGGCUUACGAUGUGCUUUCCAGAGUCACAGAGUCUCUUAUCUUCAGCCAUCAGAAGAACUCUUGGGAUUUAAAAGACAAGCCUGGCGACGAAAUAUUGAUAGCAAGCAUCCUUACUCGGAGUGAAUGGUGUGGGAUUCUAAUUCGGGCAUCCAAAUUCACCCGUAGGAGCAGAUAUUUCAAUCAGUGUUUGUCAAUAGUAAUCAGGUUGCUCCAACGCGUGACAAAACUCGUACCGCUGCAACCCAGAGCAUGGCAUUCCUGGGCUUUGGCUAACUAUGAGGCGUGUGAACAGCUUGAACGGCGAGAGCUACACAAGCUUGGAAAUUCGGGUCCUGUUCUAGCCAGUAGCCCUGGAACAGUAUCAGUAUUUCACCACGUGAUUCAAUCGAUUGGAGGCUUCUUCCGAAGUCUUCAAUUGUUUGAUGCUGUUGUCUUGCAAGAUACACUCAGGUUGUUAACUAUCUGGUUUAAGCACGGGACUCGUUCGCAAGUAAGCGCCAAAAUGCUGGAGGGGUUUGGUCAUACAAGUGUUGAUGUUUGGUUGGGAGUCAUACCACAGCUCAUAGCUCGCGUCGACUACCCUGAUGAAGACGUGCGGCAUCUUGUUGCGGAUCUACUGGUUCAAGUCGGUCGCGCACAUCCACAGGCUCUCAUCUACCCGAUAACAGUAUCAGCGCAGUCAGCAUCAGAGUCCCGCCGUGUUGCAUCGGUCGGGAUUCUCGGUGGGUUACAGCAGUUCCUCGUUGCUGAAGCAAACCUGGUAUCACGGGAGCUUAAUCGUUCAGCAAUCACCUGGCACGAGGCUUGGUAUCAAGGCAUUGAAGCUGCCGCAAAUCUCUAUUUUGGGAGUGCCGAUGUUCAAGCCACGAUUCAUGGUUUGAUCGAGAUGCAUCACUCAAGUCAUGAUACAACCAUAGUCACCACACGACUUGCAGCAUUCGCCCAUGUGUACAGUCCUGACCUCCUAGCAGCUGAAUCGUUUCUCUCUCGAUUCUGUCGGCUGAGGAACCAUGCAGAUAUGCACCAGGCCUGGGAUAUUUACUCUGCAAUCCACAAAUGGGUGAAGCAAAGUAUCUUUACAGACAAGUUGUCACACCUUGACUUGGGUCAGGUGGCCCCAUCGCUAAUGUGUGCAGGUAGCAUGCAUGUGGCGAUUCCUGGCACAGAGGGGGGGCGAAAUCUUCCAGUCCGAAUUUUGUCAAUUUCCCCACAAUUGCGAGUUCUUGCCUCCAAGCAACGGCCACGUUGCUUGAGAAUCUCCGGAUCUGAUGGCAAAGAAUAUCAAUUUUUGCUCAAAGGUCACGAAGAUCUUCGACAAGAUGAGCGUGUCAUGCAACUUUUUGGGCUUAUCAAUGCCCUUUUCAACAAGACCUACAACGCCGGGCAUGGUCACAAAGAACCUCUUCAUGUCCAGCAAUACGUCGUUAUGCCGCUAUCUAACAACUCAGGCUUAAUAGGAUGGCUUAAGUGCUGUUCAACAAUUCAUCAGCUCAUAGUGAAUCACCGAUCCCACUCGGGUAUACUAGUUGACAUCGAAAGACGUUUCACCGAGGCUAUUGCCUGUGAUUACCAUAAAAGUCCGUUCAUGUACAAGCUCGGUGAUUUCAAAUAUGUUCUGAAUCGCACAUAUAACAGGGAUCUCGCGAACGUAUUCUUGGUGACCUCAGGAGAUGUGUCAAUUUGGUUAAUGCGCCGCACUAGGUAUGCCCGUUCCCUCGCAGUAACAUCAGUGGUGGGCUACGUUCUAGGUCUAGGAGAUCGCCACCUUUCAAAUAUACUUGUGAGUGAUAAAUCUGGCGAAGUUAUUCAUAUUGACUUUGGAGACUGUUUUGAGGUAGCCAUGAAACGGAAGAGGUUCCCCGAGAAGAUUCCAUUUCGCUUAACGAAGUUACUCGUCAAUGCGAUGGAGGUUAGCGGUGUUGAGGGAUCUUAUCGGCUGACUUGCAACCACACAAUGCGAGUGCUACGGAACGAUUUUCACUCUUUGAUGGCCAUGCUCGAGGCAUUUGUUCAUGACCCACUAGUUGAUUGGAAGCUCCUAUCGACAAAUAAUUCUCAUUUUCGUAAUGUCUUGAAACAGACAUUGGUUAUAACUGACCGUGUUCAGCAAAAGCUCACUGGUUCCACGUUGCACGAUCCCCGUUUCUGUGUCUCACCUAUUCAUCAAAUCGAUGGCUUAAUACGCGAGGCGCAAUGUGCUGAAAAUAUCUGUCAGAUGUAUGGUGGCUGGUGUCCUUAUUGGUAAUCAAAAGCCACUGGCUCGGAGAUUACAACUAGGCCCAGGCAGCUGUGCGACACCAUCUGGGAGCUUGUACAGGUAGCAUACAUCGAAUGCCAGUAUUUGGCAGCGGAUUCUAGACCAGGGCCACACAUAAGUUCACUGUGAUC